AUGGCAAUCAUCACAGAGUUGUGGGACGUGGAGGUUAUAUGGAAGUUGGCGGCGGUAACUAGAUCCAAGGUGGUAAUCUACAAUGUUUACCGAUCAGUGUAUCUCCUGUAUUUCCACCCAUUGGCACGUUUCCCAGGACCCAAGUUUGCCGCCGUGUCUGAGGUUUCCCACGUCUACAACUGGUACGUUUCUCGAAAAGAACUCCAUGACGUUUCAUUGAUGCAAUUCUCCCCCAUAGGCUUACUGGAAGUUACCACAAUCAUAUACAUCGUCUCCAUCAGAUUUACGACGGGGCAUGUGUUCCUCAAAUCAUCAUUUUAUGCCGGCCCUAGUGAUUACAGCACGAUAGUAAUGGAGAGAGAUCCAGCCAAGCACCGAGAAACCAAGAGGCUCAUGGCUUAUGGAUUUAGCUCCAAGGAGCUUCAGGCUCAGGAGCCAAUCCUCAAGACGAACCUGGGUCUCUUGACUCAUCAAAUCGAAACUCAAGGCGGUUUUGACAAGAAUGGCGUCUCCCUCAAUAAGUUUUUGCAGGGCUUUGUGUUUGACACAAUUGGAGAGCUUGCCCUGGGCGAGCCAUUCGGAGCACUUGGCACAGGCAAGCCUCACCCUUGGAUUGAAACCAUACACGGCGCCAUCUAUUUCAUGAGCAUCGUUCAAAUCGCACCGCGUCUGCCGAUCCUCUUGUUGGCUCUCCCGUUUGUCGCGCCGUGGAGCUCGAUCGGUCAGUUCAUCAGCUUCUUCAGGUACCAGAGCGCAAUGACUCGCAAAAGGCUUUCUCGGCCAUUGCACGACGACAAAAGAGACCUUUUCAGCUUUCUCCUGAAGGAGAAACCCGACAACUUCUCGCAAGUUGCAUCUGAGGCUUGGCUCGGGAACCAGGCGGGCGUCAUGAUCGCUGCAGGCUUCGACACAUCAGCCGUAACAGCCGUUGCUGCAUCAUAUUACCUCGCGAAAAAUCCCGAGAAGAUGAGGCGCCUGCGUGAAGAAGUAUGCGAAAGAUUCACCGACUCUUCCGAGAUGAGCGGCACCGCGGUUCAGCAGCUGUCUUAUCUGGCGGCAUGCAUCGAGGAGACCAUGAGAAUCAUGCCUCCCAUCACGUUUGGUUUGCCUCGCGAAAGUCCGGGUGCCGAAGUUGACGGAAAAUUCGUACCCAAAGGGACCGUCGUUUCUACGAGUGGCUGGAGCAUCACACGCCGUCACGAGUAUUUCUUUGACCCGGAAGCCUUCCACCCCGAGAGGUGGUUGCCGCCUUCUCACAAGUAUUAUGAUCCUCUGUUCUGCAACGAUCUCAAGGAAGCCUCACAACCGUUCUCACUGGGCCCUCGUGUUUGCUUGGGUAUAAACCUGGCUUAUGUGGAACUGAAGCUUUUGCUGGCUCGUCUUGUUUGGGAAUACAAGUGGCACUUGGUCAAUGAGGGCAGUUUUGACUGGGAUAAAGACCGCAAGUUUCAGGCUCUGUGGGUGCUCCCUCAAGUCCGGGUGAGAUAUGAGCGGGCUAGAUAG